UUCAUGAGGAUUGUCAGUCUGUCUCUUAAAAAAUGAACUUGCUUUAUACUUCAUCAGUUAAGUGCGAGAGCGCUUCUUUAUCCAGAAUUUUCCAUUUUCAUCUAUAAUGCUCCGGAUGAUAAUUAUCCUCUGUGAUGAUCAGGACUUAUUCCAGCAGCUUCUGAGUCAGCUGAUGCCAUUUCUCCAUGCAGGCUCGCUGUGAGUGUGUGUGCAGGAACGCCCACAGCACCUUUGGAAGCAAAAGUUUCAUACAAGAAUCUGCAGUUGUCCGAGCUUUACGUAUUUACGAAUAAGUAAAACUGCGAAUAAAGAAACGCGAAUCCGCAGGGGAACACAGUAUAGAAAAAUACUUCAUUCAACUAUUGUAAAUAUGUGAAAGCUAUACUUUAUAAAUGAAUGGAUGAAUGGCCACAGAACUUGUGUUUUUGCAUACAGAGAACUGGGACUUUGUGGCUCCUGCCGGGUUUUGGUCCAUAAAAACUGGACCACAUGGCUCUUUUAUGGAAGUGUUGAAGUGUUUUUGAGGAAGAAAAACUGUAAAUAGAAACCUGUGUCAUAAGGUGUUGUAAAAGGGGUGGGACCACACAAGACUUCUCUUCUACCCACUCUUUUUCAAACACAUUGUUUGCUAUGAAUGUAUACUUGUAUUUUUUUAUUUUUAAAUUUGUUUUUUUAAUUAUUUUGUUUAUAUUCGAUUUGUUUUUGAAACAAAAACAAACAAACAAAAAAGGUUAAUGGUGGCAGACCCGUGCCCGACACUAAGAAUGCUGAUGGGAACAGGAGCAGGUGCAACAGACUACUGACAUAUUCAGGGUUUGUCCAACAGUAGCAAACCCUGUGACCCCAAAAAGUAUUCAGCCCAUUUUGUACUUAUCAAAGAAAAAAAGUACUCAAUAGACAUCUAAAAAUAUCCAAAGAUGGGACAGCUUCAGGUAGAUGUGUAAUCAAUCACUUUAGGUGGACUGCUAACAGAGUAACGUGGAAUGGUUUUCAGAAUCAUCUACUGUAGAUUUAUACUUGUUGGAUAAUAGACUUCAUGUGUCCAGUGGGAAGAAACUACCCGGUCCUCACUGGCCGCGGAGGCACCGCGAAGCGCCGUGGAACAGAGUCUGCUUCCAUUCGCCGCCCUUGUUAACCUAUGGUGCGGUUCGCACCAGAGCGCCGCGGUCCUCCGCUGAAGGGUCACGGCGAGCAGCGGAUCGUUUCAGCGAGCGAUCCACGUCAAUUCUGGCAGGAAGUUCCAUCAAGAUUCAUGAGAAAAUCUGUUUUUUUUUUAAAUAUAGCCAAUUUUUUACAAUAAAACAGCGACUGACAAAUGUGAUCAUGUUUUUGUAUCUAAAGCGACUAUAGAGAUGAAAAUAAACACACAACCACAACACACUCCUCUCUGUGUCUCAACAACAGAUGCAUUGAAGAACUGUAGGCCUACUAACUGCUUGCUUCUUCUUAGCAGAAACAUGAGUAUUAUUUUAUGUUACUAAUUUACACAUGAUGGCAAAAAAACCCCAAACCUCUAGCAGAAACGCCUGUCGACUGUCAUAGAAAAAAGUGCCUGCUGUGAAUUGCAGGAGACAGCGGACAUCACGUGCACUCCACGCUGUGUGAACCUAGCGAAAUGGCGUGUUUACAAGCUCAAAGCAUGAUGGGACUGUGACACAAUUAUCUGGAGGAAAUUCAUCUGCUAGAGAUCUGAACCGGGAUGUGCAAUAGACUCCAUAAAUUGAUGUCUAAGUGAUGCAGAUCUGUAGCUGUCAGCUUUAAAACACUCACACUUUAGAAGCUGAAGAGUUGAGGAGAGCUGGAGACACGCGUCUGCUCGUGACCCGGAACUGGAAGAGUUCAAUAAUAACAACAGUAGAAAUGAUUUUAGAUGUUUAAGUGUUCAGAUCGGGGCCCCAAAAGUGUUGGGGCCCCAAACAAUCCCUUACCUUUGCCUAAUGGUCGGUCUGCCCCGUCUCUGUGGUCUGAACCUUUUCCAUCCUCUGUCUGCAGGAGCUCAGUAUGCUAGAAUCACAUAUCUAUUCACUAGAACAUGUGCAGUUGAAGGUUCCACCGUCCUCCUGCCCUGCAGCUUCACUCCUCUGAAGUCUUUCAUCAAAGAUGGAAUAAAUGUUCCACUAAAGAUCAUCAGAGUCCGCUGGUGCAGGAAUCAUCCCAUCUGUCAGGGGGACACUCCCUCUGUGUUUGACAGUGAUUCAUUGGAUGUUGAUCCCCAGUUUCAGUACCUGGGAGACAUGGAGGGAAAGUGUACUUUACAGAUCUCCAACAUUCAGCUGAAAGAUGAAGCUACAUAUCGCUUCAGAAUGGAAGCUGAUCAUCUUGCUGGACAUUUCACCAACCAGACAGGAGUGACGGUCCAAGUAGAAGGAAAUCCUGUCAUGAGAGUAGCAGGAAGUAACAACUCAGAGGUCAGAGAAGGUCAGACAGUUUCCCUUCAAUGCUCCACUUCACCCUGCAGCUUUCAUCGUGUCAACAUCUCCUGGUUCAGAGAUGACCACGCCCUCCCAGAGGCUGGCCCCACCCUUCAUCUGGGCCCCCUGACUGCAAAGGAUUCUGGGAACUACAGCUGUGCUCUGGGGACAAGAACUCAGAGUCGCUCCGAUCCGUUCAGCCUGCAGGUGGAGGCGGACUCUGAAGGUGGGGGGGUCACAGGAGAAACGUCUCACAGGAUCCUCGGUGUGGCGGUCGCCGUCCUGGUGGUGGUCAUCGCUCUCGCUGCUCUCAUGCUCUUCUUAGUCAUUAAAAGGAGGAGAUCAGCUGUGAGUCGGAGCGCUGAGCAAAGACACCGCGGCGAUGUGGUUCUGCCGUCUGGACCUAAUGGAGAAGCUCAGAGGACAGACCAGAACGUGGAGGACGUCAGCUACGCCGCCGUUCACUUUAAACAGAAGAAACCCAGCAGAGAGCUGCAGCCGCACGCAGACGAUGUGGUCUACUCCGCAGUGGUCACUCGAGGUUGAACACAAACCCUGUGGAGCUUCAGGACCCUGAUGGGAAGCCCCGCCCCCUGAGAGUUUCUGUCUGUGUUUCUAACCUCGAAGCUCCAGGAUCUCAUCUGUGACCUUCAGUCGGUUUAUAACCUCAGAGAAAAGCUCAAAUCUACAUCACUCUUUCAGCUCCUGGAUCAAACCUCACAGCAGAACCUUUAGACAAAGAUUUAUGAUGAUAAACUUUCAAUAAAUGUCUAAAAACGAGUUUCUGAAGAUAGUUUGUGAGGUUUUCUGCCAGACGCGUCAAAACUAAAAAUGUUUCCAAAAAUAACUUUCUUUUCUUUUUUAAGCUUUUAUCUUGUUUCCAAUGUUUUUGUCAAAACUAAUUUUCUAUAAUUUAUUGUAUUUUUUUAAUGAUUUUACAUGUUUUUCCUUAUUUAAAACAUUUUUGUAAAUGUGUUUUUGAAUGUGACUCUGUUUCUGUGUAAAGUUCUACAAAAAAUCAAUAACAAGGUUCAGACUGA